GGUGGACAGUCUGUCUGUUGGGGAUACAACAAUUUUCAGUAUAUUACCUCUGGCAGAAGGUGGGGUUGACACCCCCUUGACCAUCCCAGCAGAUCUUCUUGGGAAGUACAUUUGCGUGAAGGCACAUAGGCGAGUGGAAGACCAGCUGGGCGGGACGAAGUUAGGGGCUUCUGAGGACGGGGCCUACGACCAGCACUUGGGUGGGCCGCGUAAUGUAAGAACAGAGGCCCCCAAAGCAUGGCUGCCUGUUGUGUCCACCUGCAUUGUAGGCCCGGUGCUGCUGGCUGAGGAGACAGCUCUCCUUAUCCUCAAGGCCCUUGCCCGAGGAGGCUUUAGUUGCGCAGUAAAACUGCGAGAUGUCCUUGAUUCUGCAGAUCGCGCAGUGCCUUUAGAACGAGACCCUGUCAAGGCCUCCAAAGCCAAGAAUAAGAUCCCGGCUACUCUCAUUGUGGACGGAAGCGUGCUAGAGUUGCGCUAUCUAAAGGAGUUUAUAACAACUGACAAAGAUGGGUGCAUCCGGCCAAGUAUGAUUAAAGAACCAAGCAAUGCGGACUUCGCUAUUAUCGAGCGAACCCUCGACAUGGUCUCCGUGAGGCCUUCGAAGGGGCCGAAGACAUUGGUGCUAGCGCUGGAAUUCAAAGCGCACGGGUAUAAAGCUGGCGGCCUACAGCAGCUCAUCCGGUUCGACGUAGACCCCGCAGUGGGGAGGGACUUGGCGCUGCACCAGUGUCUUGCUUUUCAAGCCGUCAGACGGGCUCGCAUCCCUCGCGCGACGAUAGAUGCCUGGUAUAAUAUGGGAAAUAUACAGGCCCUCAGAGAGACAGUGCAAGACUUCUUGGAAGCACAAACUCUGGAGGCGUCGGAGGCGACGCCUGCUUACGAAAAGAUGCCAACAACACCAUGGAGUAUACUUAACUACAAACCCUAG